AGGAUGAAGCAGUGCUCAAGCUUUUGCGGGGCUUAUCCGUGGCAUGGUGGCAAAGAUCUACUUUGGAGGCAGCUGACAAAGAGCAGCGCAUUUCCACGGCAUUUGAAGAGCAGAUGCUGGGCAACCAGGAUUUAGCCGGCACAAAAUUCUUCAAGGCUCCUGACACAUCUGACUCUCCUGAUGCUGACUCUGAAUCCGAGCUGGAGCCCGCUGAGGCGCUGCAGCGGCUCUUGGCAGACAUCGCCCCCUGUGUCACCGCGUACCCGGCCGCGCUGGCUCAGUCUACAGAACGUCAGCGGGUUGAUGGCAAGCCUGAUCGCUGGACGCCACUGAAAGGGCAGCAGCUGGUUGUGAAGCCAGCCAAUGAAGAGGAUUGCGUGCUGCUGGUGGCGAAUGCCCUCGUGACUCCAGAGUCGGAUCGGGAGGAGUCUCAUUGGCUCCUGAAGCGUGACGGCGCUUCAAUCUCUGCACCCUUCUCUUCGUAUAGCAGGCAAAGAUCCUGGAAUCAUCAUGUGUGUAUUCCCUGGCUGGACCAGCCGCUGAAACGAGCUGAACUCGACUAUCAGGUGGUUGCAACAGCUGGCAGGGAUACCUCUCACUUUGUUGUGGGGGAGAAAAGGGAGCGCAGGCAGCUUUUUGGUGUCACCAUACCUUGCCACCAGGUAGCCUGGGUCGAGGAUGAUGAAGUCCUUGGCCUUCCUCCCGGACCCUGGGUGGACGUAAAUGGCUUGCACGAGGUCAUUACCACCUUGCCUGGCGAGAGAGUGUUGGUGCUUUGUGCCAUGCACUACGUUGCGAACUGGUCGAGCGAACUAAAUCGAGGCCGCUUCACUCUUGUCCGCGACGACUUGGGACUUGAUGGUCCUGCGGACCGUGGGCUUCAGUCCGUCAGAGCUCUGGGACCGAGCCAACCUCGUACGAUGAUCAUGGCCACACUGGAUGAACCGCCACCCGGGCCUCAUCUGUACCGCGCAAGAGCUGCGCUCACCACCGGUGAAGAGUCUGGAGUGUCGCUCACGCUCACCGGCGAGCGACAGCUGGCCUUGGUGCGCCUUCCGAGCAAUCUCGUUAUAGGGCCAAGCCGACCAAUUGAGCCUGUCGAGAUCACCGAGGGCACGUGGACGGAGAUACCAGGCAUGUGUGCGACAUGCACCCUGAGGAGACCUAGAAAUCGAGUGCUCUUGGUGUAUCACAUUGAUUGCAAUCCUCUGAGCUUCCACUACGAGGCCCACUUCACUAUUUUCCGGAGAAAGGAGUCUGCAGUAUCCUCGGACCAGAACCUUGGCUUCUCCGAGGAUUUCGGACUAGACAUGGUCUUCUCUGAUUAUGGAGCUUCGAGUGAAAGUCCAGUCGGCCUUCUAAUGGACACCCCAGGAUCACAAGGUCCGUGGACAUACUACUUGGCAGCGCGGGUGGCCAACCUUGGCACCAGCAGAGAGAACCCACCAGUGGUUGUGGGGUAUUCUGGGUCCAUCUCAGCCGUCAUUCUGCCAGCGAGAUGA